GGUGGUCGGUGCGGGAGGAGGGAGGGGAGCUUGCGGGCCGGAGAGGGGGCGACGGCGGUGGCGGUGGCCUGAGGAGGCCCGGGCGGCGGCGGCGGCGGCCGAGGCGGAGCCUGGAGAGGUGUGGCUGGACCAAGACCUCCCCCGAUGUGAGCAGGUUUACUCCUCCCACCACCACCUGUUGCCACCACGCCAGGGAACGUUCUCAAGCCCUGGCCUUCAGGGGAGAGGUAACAGGAGCCCGGAGCCGAGACCAUGUGACGGCGCUGGCCCUCGCCACCGCCGUCCCCCCCACCCUGGCCCCAGGCCCGGCACCAUGAUGUUCCGAGACCAGGUGGGCAUCCUCGCUGGCUGGUUCAAGGGCUGGAAUGAGUGUGAGCAGACGGUGGCCCUGCUGUCCCUUCUGAAGCGGGUCACCCGCACCCAGGCCCGCUUCCUGCAGCUCUGCCUGGAGCACUCAUUGGCGGACUGCAGUGACAUCCACCUCCUGGAGUCGGAGGCCAACAGUGCUGCCAUCGUCAGCCAGUGGCAGCAGGAGUCCAAAGAGAAGGUGGUGUCCCUCCUGCUGUCCCACCUGCCCCUGCUUCAGCCACGCAACACGGAGGCCAAGUCGGAGUACAUGAGGCUGCUGCAGAAAGUGCUGGCUUACUCGAUUGAGAGCAAUGCCUUCAUCGAGGAGAGCCGCCAGCUGCUCUCUUACGCCCUCAUCCACCCGGCCACCACCCUGGAGGACCGCAACUCGCUAGCCCUCUGGCUGAGCCACCUGGAAGAGCGGCUGGCUAGCGGCUUCCGCACCCGGUCUGAGCCCACUUACCACUCACGCCAGGGCUCAGAUGAGUGGGGGGGCCCUGCAGAUCUGGGCCCUGGGGAGGCAGGGCCAGGCUGGCAGGACAAGCCACCCCGGGAAAAUGGACAUGUGCCCUUCCACCCAUCCAGUUCGGUGCCGCCAGCCAUCAACAGUAUUGGGAGCAACGCAAACACAGGUCUCCCCUGCCAAAUCCACCCCAGCCCGCUGAAACGCUCCAUGUCACUCAUUCCCACGAGCCCUCAGGCCCCUGGUGAGUGGCCGAGUCCAGAGGAGCUUGGGGCCCGAGCCGCUUUCACCACGCCCGACCACGCACCCCUCUCGCCCCAGAGCAGCGUGGCCUCCUCUGGCAGUGAGCAGACGGAGGAGCAGGGCUCCAGCCGAAACACUUUCCAGGAGGAUGGCAGUGGCAUGAAAGAUGUGCCCUCGUGGCUCAAGAGCCUCCGCUUACACAAGUACGCAGCCCUCUUCUCACAGAUGAGCUACGAGGAGAUGAUGACGCUAACUGAGCAGCAUCUGGAGUCUCAGAAUGUCACCAAAGGUGCCCGCCACAAGAUAGCCCUGAGCAUCCAGAAGCUGCGUGAGAGGCAGAGCGUCCUCAAGUCCCUGGAGAAGGACGUGCUGGAAGGAGGGAACCUGCGGAACGCUCUGCAGGAGCUGCAGCAGAUCAUCAUCACCCCCAUCAAGGCCUACAGUGUCCUCCAGGCCACCGUGGCCGCCGCCGCCGCUGCCCCUACUGCCAAGGAUGGGGGACAAGGGGAGCCAUUGCAGCCAGGUGCCGAGCCCCCGCUGGCGCACCCCGGCACAGACAAGGGCACUGAGGCCAAGGAUCCCCCAGCUGCAGAGAGCUGCCCCCCUCCACCAGCCCCAGCUCCCUCUGAUGGCAGUGAGCCAGCUCCGGCUCCCGUCGCGGAUGGGGACAUCCCCAGCCAGUUUACACGGGUGAUGGGCAAAGUGUGCACCCAGCUGCUGGUGUCCCGACCAGACGAGGAGAACAUCACCAGUUACCUCCAGCUCAUCGAAAAGUGCCUGACUCAUGAGGCUUUCACGGAGACGCAGAAAAAACGGCUGCUGUCCUGGAAACAGCAAGUGCUGAAGCUCCUCCGGACCUUCCCACGCAAAGCAGCACUAGAGAUGCAGAACUACCGGCAGCAGAAAGGCUGGGCGUUUGGCUCCAACUCACUCCCCAUAGCUGGCUCUGUGGGGAUGGGGGUGGCCCGGCGGACCCAGCGGCAGUUCCCAAUGCCUCCCCGGGCCCUCCCGCCUGGCAGGAUGGGCCUUCUGAGCCCCUCGGGCAUUGGGGGCAUCUCCCCCCGACAUGCCCUCACCAGUCCCAGCCUUGGGGGCCAGGGCCGACAGAACUUGUGGUUUGCCAACCCCGGAGGCAGCAACAGCAUGCCCAGCCAGAGCCGCAGCUCUGUGCAGCGCACCCACUCGCUCCCAGUCCACUCGUCGCCCCAGGCCAUUCUCAUGUUCCCUCCAGACUGCCCGGUCCCUGGGCCUGACCUGGAGAUCAAUCCCACUCUGGAGUCUCUGUGUCUGAGCAUGACAGAACACGCCUUGGGUGAUGGGACAGACAAAACCUCCACCAUCUGACGGGACCCACAGCCCAGCGCACCCAUAGGCUCCCCGGGCGGCGGGCGGGGGCCGACCCCCAAUGGGCUUCUCCGCGACAGCGAGAGGGUGGGCUGGCUCAGCUAUACAUUCUAAUAUUUUUCUACUCUCUCACCCUUUUAACUUUUGUUUAACAUGGGCACAUGCCUUGCUCAUUCCCAGGCCCAUUGAGGGAUCUCUGCUGAGGCCCGGGGAGGUAGGGGGCAGCCAGAAUGAAGGGGGCAGGGACUGGCCAGCCUGCCUGCCCUCUCCUUCCCUCAUCUCUCUCCUGGCCCCAUCCCACCCCCGCCUCCUCCAGACCACCCGUCACCUGCCCCUCCCAAGGGAGCAGCCUCCCUCAAAGACUCACUGACCCACUAUCUUCUGGGGCCUGCCCAGAACCAGGUGACGUUUGGGGAGAGACAAGCGGGACAGAUAACCUGCUCUCCUGGAUGUUGUUUGAGAGGCGCUAAGAAGGCAGGUGAGGAGAGGAGCCUCUCCUUGCCACCUUCUUCCCCUUCCCCAUGCCCAUCAUUCCCUGAGGACAGGAGCCGCUUUCCUCGCACUCACCUCCUUUGCCCUGUUUAUCAGAGGUUCUCUACAAUUAAUUUCUUAGGCCUAUUUAAGAUACAUAUUUAUAUAGUU